CGAGCGAGCGAGAGAGAGACAGAGAGACGCUGGUCACGGGGUGGGGACAAACUGAGGAAGAGGAAGGAGACGCCGUCGCUAUUGGCGGCCGUCGCUGCCCGUCAGAGCCCCCCUCCCUCACGACGCUACAUUUCCUGCCGCUCGGCGGAGCCACCCGAGGAAGUGGCCCACGCCGGGAUGAGGCCACCGCCGCCCAAGCGCUGGAGCAGCAUCUAAGCCUCUCUCUCCCUCCCUCCCUCUCUCUUUCCCCCCCCCGCCCAACCGGCUCUCCUCCUCCAUCCGCGCAUCUCUGAAGCCGGCUCCGCCAUGGCCUGGCUCUGGAAGCGCGGGGGGUGAACGGACCAGGGGGGGUCUCCAGGAGCCCCGAAACCGGCUUCCCACCCACCCCCAGCCCCCCCAAAAGCGGGGCACAAAAGCAGCCACAGAAAAUGGAGAUCUCGCUGGGCCAGUGGCUGCUCAUCCUCUUCUUGGUGGCCGUCCCGCUUCUGUACGAAUGGAGUGCCACUUUCAAGUAUUUCUGUAAGAUGACGUUCUACAACAGCUACAUCCUCUUCCUGGCUAUCAUUGCGAUCCCGAUUUGUGCCGUCCGUGGGCGCAACGUGGAGAAUAUGAAGAUAUUACAAUUCAUGUUGCUUCACAUAAAAUAUCUCUAUGGAAUCAAGAUCGACGUGCGGGGGAUCGAGAACUUCAACAUCAAGGAGCCCUACGUGGUGGUAUCCAACCACCAGAGCUCCCUUGACUUGCUUGGUUUAAUGGAGGUGUUGCCAGACCGGUGUGUGCCAAUUGCCAAAAAGGAGCUGAUGUACAUGGGCACGGUGGGGUUGGCCUGCUGGCUGGGAGGCAUCAUUUUUAUCAACCGCAAGAAAACCAACGAUGCCAUCAGCGUCAUGUCUGAGGCCGCCCAAACUAUGCUGAGCCAAGAUGUUCGGGUCUGGGUGUUUCCUGAGGGCACCAGGAAUCACAACGGCUCCAUGCUGCCCUUCAAACGGGGCGCCUUCCAUUUGGCAGUGCAAACCCAGGUUCCUCUCAUCCCUGUUGUAAUCUCAUCGUAUCGAGAUUUCUACAGUAAGAAGGACAGGCGCUUCACCACAGGGCGCUGCAUUGUCCAGGUCUUGUCCUCCGUGCCCACGAAGGGGCUGAGAGCCGACGACGUGCCGGCUCUGACGGAUCGAGUGCGCCAAGCCAUGUUGGCUGCUUUCGAGGGGCUUUCUGCGGAUCUGGGUUCCCCGCAGUGACCUCCGCCACCGCUUCCCUCCCCCCCAAACGUCUGACCCAGGAGCACGGCGGGCUGCGACUGGGAGCAGCUGGCACCCGCGGGCGGUCAACCUGAAGAUUGAGGGAGGGGAGAGGAAUCGGAUCCGGUUUUCGGCAGAGGAGCGGUGGGCUCAGCACCUUGCGGCAAAGAAAGGGGGUGGGGCUUGAAACGGGUGGGGAGGGGGCUGGACUCGGCCACGUGUGCAAGGGGACCUAGGAGCGGAAUGGAAGUCGAGCCACUCUUGUUGCCCUCUUCACUUCUGGGUCAGAGCUCUGACUCUCCCCAGCAGAUGGUACAGUCCGCUCCCUGCCUCCAUCUCUUUGCUCCCCCCUCCCCCCGGUUUUGUUCACGUGGAUUGUUCCAUUUCAGUUUCUUGGACUUGGCCAGUGCGCUUCCCAUUCCGGGGGAGUUUCCCCCCCCCUCCUCCCGGGCUGAACCACGGACCCCACAGCAACUGAGCCUGCAGAGGGAGCCAUGGACCAGGUUUACCCCGGUUUGCUUCAAGGACCAGGGAGAUCUUGGUGAACUUCAGCCUCAGAGCCCUGCCGUGGGGAUGCCCCAGCUGCUAGCGGAGCCCUCCCUCUCCCGUAUGUGACAACUCUGGACCUGCCAUCGCCUGGGGAAGGAGAAAGGAGCCCACCCCGGGGUGGUGGUGGAAGGAAAUGCUGGCCAAUCCACCAGAACAUGCAAUAGCAAAGGGCCUGGGCUGCUCAGCCUUAUUCGUCUCCCAUCAUGGACCAGACUGCUUCCAUCCAGGCAGGGGGCCUGGCAGGGAAGGGGAGGAAAGGAGAUCUGUCUCUCUCUUGACGCUUCCACCACACACACACACCCCGACGGGUGAAAAGGGAGCCAAAGGGAUCUGCUAGCAGACUCAAAGCAGAGUGAGAUUGCUUGGAUUGUCUUCCCUGGAGAGGGGCUUGUGGGCUUGGGGUGGAAGAUGGAGAAAGGGAGGCCAAAGGAUGGAUUUGGGGGUGGGAAAGCGAGCGGAGAGAGAGAGAGCAGGAUUUGGGGGUCUCCGGUCUCUUGUCAGCCCUGCCCGCAAGGACCCUUCCUUUCUUCCACCCACCCCCGCCCGCACCCUUCAGUGUUGGGGAGAAUACUUUUAAGCUCCCUUCCCCAAGGGCGAGGGUGGGAGCCAGACCAGUCGGCCAGAUGAAAAAGUUGCAGAGCCGGCAUCGGUCGCCUCUCUGCAGCUGUGGGUUCAAGGAGCCCCAAUGGAAAGCGCUGGAAGCCUUGAGGGGGGGGCGGGAGGAGAAGGGCAGGGUGAGCAGGCAGGGCUUGUCCCCAGGCCGAAUUAAGCGUAAGCCGGGGGCCCCAAGGGUUGCAAAAAAGCAGGGAGGGGUGUGACCUGUUACGGGACUGGGGGUGGAAUGAAACACGAGGGUGAGGAGGGGUUCAGUGGCUGCUGCCUAUAUCCAGUAUAACAGGGAAGCGGGGGCCAUUGGCAGAUCCCGGAGAACAACUGGGGAGGGUGUUUGGGGCAGGGUCUUUCGGGGAGGAGAGGAAACCAGGAAGAAGGGGAAACCGUUGCCCCUUCCGGGACGCGGGUUUGAAAGGUACGGGGGGUGCUGAUUCAGGGAGGGCCAGACCGAUUCGUGGGGGUGGCAAGCCUUGGGGUUCCUUGAAAUAUUCCAUGUACUUCUUCUCUUCUGCCUUGGAUUUUCCUCCCCCACCCACCCCGGAUGGUGGGUGACCCCGAGGGCUUUCUUUCCUCUUUCUAGACGCCCCUUCUUGGGGGUGGGGGGCGGGGUGGAAGGAGAAAAGAGAGUUUUGAUCUUGGGGAGGUGUGUGAGGAGUGAAGAGACGUUAUCCAGUCCGUGUUCCCAAGACCUUCCUGCUUUUAAUAAAAACCCUCAAAAGUUCAUCUCCCACCCCACACAAACGUGGUGCCUUUUCCUCAGUCUUUGUAGCAGGGCUGCGUAUGUGC